GCGAUUUAGUGUACGUGGGCAAUUCGGCCGGCAAUGUCGUUGAAUUAUAACGAUGAGUACGAUUUUUUAAAAGAAAUAUGAAUUAUACUUGUAAAGUAUACGGCAAUCAAGUUUGUUUUUCAUAAGUGUUCUAAGAUAUUUUCCAAAACGUGACAGCGGUUCAUUUGUUUUCCUUGAACGUUAAGUGAAAGUUGCUAGUAUUAUUCGAUACUAAGAAUGAUGUGUAACCAUCGAAGUGUUUCAUCAUUCAUUCUAUAGCCACAACGCACCUAAUGUGUAAUCUUAUGAGUUUUAUGAAACCGACUAAAUCUCGUGAAAAAGGUCCCAGAACGUUGACUGCGUUGCCUGUAUCUGCUUACGUGAUCACACUACUUGAAUUUCAGUUGACUGCGACGCUUUGCGAGGCGGAGAAUUCUUUCAUUUUGUAGUGUUCUAAAGCACGUGGAUUAAAUUCCGAUUUCAAUCGGAGCAACAAGUUUGAUGUGAAAAUAUUGCUAACAGUUAGCUUGUGAUAAAAUUGAGUUCAAAGUUUCCCAAUCACAGUUGCAAAAGUGCCAAGAUAAGCUAUUUGGAAACAAGUCAAUUAGAAAGUGCUAGGGGAGAAGUAAAUUAGAAACAAAAGUGGUGAGAUCGUUGCAGUUACCGCGAUACAGAGUGUAAAACGGCCAAUCGAAGAUAAUGGCGAAAGUGGCCGCUGGUGACGCGUUGGCCCCAGUGCAGGGUUUCGGUGAAACGGCCUCUCGAAGUCGCCCCGGCAGCAAUACGAGUGCACAACAACAGCCAAACCAACCGGAUGGCGAAGAUGGUGGCAUUAACCUGAAAAAGGAACUCGGUCUAAUGGACGGAGUGGCCAUUAUCGUAGGAGUAAUAGUCGGUGCUGGGAUUUUCGUGUCGCCCAAAGGGGUGCUGCUGUAUUCCGGAUCCAUCGGGCAGGCUAUCAUCGUAUGGAUCCUAUCCGGUGUUCUCAGUAUGGUGGGAGCAUUGUGCUACGCUGAAUUAGGCACUAUGAUUCCUAAGUCCGGAGGCGAUUACGCGUACAUUGGUGAAGCGUUCGGACCCCUACCGGCAUUCCUGUAUCUAUGGGUAGCAUUGUUAAUCCUAGUUCCAGCCGGCAACGCAAUAACGGCCAUCACAUUCGCUCAGUAUUUGCUACAACCUCUGUGGCCUACCUGUGAACCACCGUACGAGUCAGUGCGAUUGCUAGCCGCUCUCAUAACCUGCCUGCUUACGGCGAUCAACUGCUACAAUGUGAAAUGGGUGACCCGAGUUACGGAAACAUUCACCGGGAUGAAAGUGCUGGCCCUGCUGGUAAUUGUGGCUGCCGGCGCCUGGUGGCUGAUCGGCGGGAAUACCGAGCUGCUAGAAACUCCUUUCGAAAAUUCCAAAGUACAACCGGGCUUCAUUGCAUUAGCAUUCUACAAUGGACUGUUUUCAUAUUCAGGUUGGAAUUAUUUGAAUUUCGUUACGGAAGAACUGCGAGAUCCCUAUAGAAACCUUCCACGAGCCAUCUGCAUUAGUAUGCCAGCGGUUACCAUAAUUUAUGUUAUUACUAAUAUCGCAUAUUUCGCUGUUCUGCCACCUGAUGUUAUGCUGUCUUCGCAAGCUGUCGCGGUUACCUUUGCAGAUAAGAUGCUCGGAUUUAUGGCAUGGGUUAUGCCACUAUUUGUCGCUUGUUCAACAUUUGGCUCGCUAAACGGUGCAAUUUUUGCCUCCUCACGUCUGUUUUUCGUCGGUGCCCGAAACGGUCACCUUCCGGCUGCUAUUUCGCUAAUCAACGUGAGCUGCCUUACCCCGAUCCCAUCGCUUAUAUUUUUGUGCCUUCUGACCCUGUUACUACUGUUCAUCAGGGACGUAUUUACGAUCAUCAACUAUGUGAGCUACGUGGAAAUCCUGUUUAUUUUCAUCUCAGUUGCUGGACUACUCCGACUACGUAAGAAAAACCCGGACGCCAAUCGGCCAAUUAAGGUAUCCCUGAUUGUUCCAAUCAUCUUCUUGCUUACGGCGGGUUUUCUGGUGAUAUUCUCUGUCUUUGAGUCGCCGACCGAGGUGGCAAUCGGAACAGCGAUUAUUGUUCUAGGCAUGCCGGUGUACUAUAUAACCAUCCACAAACCCUGGAAAUGGUUGACGGAAAAAUCCCAAGCAAUCAACACAUUCUGCUCCAAACUGUUCGUUUGCAUGCCUAACAGUGACAAGUUGGAGUAAAUCAGACAUAGCACAAUCACAUACUAGGUGAUGAUUGUAAAUAGAUCUUUCCAGUACAAGUUAAGGCCUGUGUAACGAUGCGCACACUAAACACUAGCAGAUAGGUUCCGUGACAGUUUACAAUCAACCUUCGGGUGCCUUAGAGGUUCGCUUACGCAACAUAUCGUAUUUAUGUGUAUGGAAGGAUAGCUUCGUUACGAACUUAUUAUUACACGAUUUUACUAUUUAAAAAAAAGUCGGAUUAGAUUUCAGCUGAUUAAUGAGGUACGAAGGAAUCCCAUCAUACGUCAAUUCAAUUACCACCUAAUAUAGACAUCUAUCCGAAUUUAAAAAUGAAAAGGCUGUUUAAUAGGACAAGGUAAUGUGUUUUUUCUUAUUAUCUAGAGAAAUGAAUGAUUAAGCUUUUCAACUAUACAAGAUCUAUGACAGAGUAAGACUGUUUCAGGGAAAGCUCUUUGGAGUUUGUUUGUACAUCAAUAAUCCUUAUACAAUGACCGAUUGUAUUAGUACUAUUAAGAAUUUUUUCUACAGGAUGCUUUUUAUGAUGUAAAAAUAAAUUUUGGAAACAGAUAAAAUUUUACUUUAC